AUGGUGAGGCCAUUCUGAAAGGCCUUCAGUCCAUCUUUCAGGAGCAGGGGAUGGCAGAGUCGGUGCAUACCUGGCAGGACCAUGGGUAUUUAGCAACCUACACGAACAAGAAUGGCAGCUUUGCCAAUUUGAGAAUUUAUCCACAUGGAUUGGUGUUGCUGGACCUUCAGAGUUACGACAGUGAUGUGCAAGGCAAACAAGAAACUGACAGCCUUUUGAAUAAAAUAGAAGAAAAAAUGAAAGAAUUGAGUCAAGACAGUACUGGUCGGGUGAAGCGAUUACCACCCAUAGUUCGAGGAGGGGCCAUUGACAGAUACUGGCCUACUGCUGACGGGCGCCUGGUUGAGUAUGACAUAGAUGAAGUGGUGUAUGACGAAGACUCGCCUUAUCAGAACAUUAAAAUUCUUCACUCAAAGCAGUUUGGGAAUAUUCUCAUCCUCAGCGGGGAUGUUAAUUUGGCAGAGAGUGACUUGGCAUAUACCAGGGCCAUCAUGGGCAAUGGUAAAGAAGACUACACUGGCAAAGAUGUACUGAUUCUGGGAGGCGGCGAUGGAGGCAUAUUAUGUGAAAUUGUCAAACUGAAACCAAAGAUGGUCACUAUGGUAGAGAUUGACCAGAUGGUAAUUGAUGGAUGUAAGAAAUACAUGCGCAGAACAUGUGGAGAUGUCUUAGACAAUCUUAAAGGAGAUUGCUAUCAGGUUCUUAUAGAAGACUGUAUCCCAGUACUGAAGAGGUACGCCAAAGAAGGGAGAGAGUUUGAUUAUGUGAUUAAUGAUUUGACAGCUGUCCCUAUCUCUACAUCUCCAGAAGAAGAUUCCACAUGGGAGUUUCUCAGACUGAUUCUUGACCUGUCAAUGAAGGUUCUGAAACAGGAUGGAAAAUAUUUCACACAGGGGAACUGUGUCAACUUGACUGAAGCCCUGUCGCUCUAUGAAGAACAGCUGGGGCGCCUGUAUUGUCCUGUGGAAUUCUCAAAAGAGAUUGUCUGUGUCCCUUCAUACUUGGAAUUGUGGGUAUUUUACACUGUUUGGAAGAAAGCUAAGCCUUAAAGAUGAGCAUCCCCUGAAUGAUGUGUUCUGCAAGCCACCUUCCUGACCUCCAUAUGCCGUAUAUGCCAUCACAUGAGUCAGGCAACUGUUCAUGAAUUCCUUCAAGUGGUUUUCUUUUUAAUUAUUAUUUUUAAUUUAAAAAAGCCAAUGGGAAAAAUGUAUAUUUUGAUGAGUUAGGGUGUUAAUUUUUAAAAGUCAGCCGGAGGACAAUUAGACAGCCCUGCAAAGACUACGGAAUGCACUGACCCCCUAGAAUGUGAUUUUAGUAUCUUUUUGUUUCUCUGUGUGGGGUUUGGGUUUUUGUUUUGGUUUUAGUAGACCUUUAAUUUGAACACGUGGAGGAAUGAACAUCAUUGUUUUGUUCUGGAGAGAAGUUCCUGAUAGUAUUUCUCCCCUCUCACCCCCAAAUUGACUUAGAUAUUAAAAUUUGGUGCUUUUAAAGGUUUAAAAAGAGUGAUUGGCAGUGCUUCAAUUAAAGUGACAAAGGAGACCUCUCAUGUGUUUUGUCCCUUUAUUUCAGCCCCUGUUCCUCUUUCUUAACUGCUGAUGGCCUAGGGUGAAGGUGUAUUCUAGACUGUUCUGUAAUAGUAGUUGGCCUAAUGUAUUUGUAAAAGGCCUCCAAGCCUUUGAGGACUGUAGGAAUGACUCCAUUUAUCACACUGGUGAAUUAUCCACAACCUAUUUUAUUUGCCACCUGUGCAUUAUAAAGGUGUGCCGAGGAUAGCAAAGGUUUUGCCUGACUGAAAAGGGUGAAAGUCAAAGACGAUUUCUGUUAGCGCACUCACUGAAUUAGAUGGAAAUACAAGGCCUUUGAGAAGACUGUAGGAUGAGCAAGUGCACACUAGACUUCAGGUGGUCCUGUGGCAAAACAGCUCUUCAGAAAGCACAUGUGCAUAUCAACUUGGCAUUGUAUUGUGGAUCAUCAAAUUAAUUGUCUAUCCUACUGUUUGUGUGAAAUAUUUAUACUAUAUCAGUAGACUGGUAUUCUUUAUACAGUAAGUAAAACAUUGAAAUUUUUCUAAUGGAAUCAGGCUCAAUAACAAAAAAGUUUCACCAACACUGACAAAUGGUCUUUAAAAGUGAGCGCAGACCUUUGCCAUUUAUAUUAGAUUGCCAUGGAGGAAGAAACACUAGAGAAUAAAAGGAGCUGAUAGUCAUUCACCUUAGAUAUCCUUAACAAGAUUUUUUGUGCAUGGAUAGGUUAAAAACAACAGCCGAGUAGAUACAUCCCCGUCCAAAUUCCUGGCCAAUUGUGGCGAACUGAGAGCAAAUGUACUGCUACAGGUAGAAUAUUAGUUAAAGCCAAGUACCCCUCACCCACUGUACCAUUAUUCUUCCUAGGACUUUUGAGACAAAGUUGCAGUAUGUAUGUAGCCCAGUCUAACCUGGAGCUCUUCAUUGGAGCCCAGGCUUGCCUGGAAGCUUACAAGAACUGAGCUUGUACCAUCACACAGCUUAAUUCUUUGUUUUCCACUUUAGUAAAGAGAAGUAUAUCCGUCCGCUGUUGGGAUAAUAUUAAUGCGAGGCCUGGCCUGCUUGAUGCUUGAAGAGUAACUUGAGGCCAUAACCACAGAUCCCCUCAUAAUUCUGGUGACUCAGGUCCUGCUAAGCACCAGGUGGUAGAAAUGAAGAGGGUAAGGUUAUGCAAGGCUACUUGGAAGAUACACUUGGGAGAAAAUGAAGGAAGUGGUGUUAAGGAGAGGAGGAAGAAAGAAUUUUUUUUUUAUCUUGAGUGAUAAUAGUAAAUUCAGACGUGACUAAUUUCUUUGUAUUUGCUGAAGGAGGAUCUCAGUUUUGAGCCCUUGUUAUUUUAACACAGAAGCAUGCAAACUGAACCAACACCCUCCCUGCCCUGUGCUGUACUAAAACCCACCUUCGCUUUGGCUGCCUCUUAAAAAAUGCUAAUCGAUCCAGCAAUGUUAUUUUUCUUAAUAACUGUAGUGUUAUGUAGUGUGAAAGUUUCCUUUAACAGUGGAAUAUAUUAUGGUGCCCUGUUUUUUUUUUAAAUGAAAGACAAAACAAAUAUGGAUAGAGUUUAAAUUCUGUUCAACACAGCAGAUACUAAGAAUUGAUUUAUUAAGACAUGAAAAGCUGCUUUCUCUUGGAAAUGUGAUUGAAUAUUUAUUAAACAGAUCCAACUGGGCCAGGGGGAGGCUGGGUUGGUGGUGUUUUUAAUGGGCUAGAGCAUUACUAUCUAAAUAAAGAAGAAAUGUGCUGUUCCUUCCUGUAGACUUUGAAUAGUCAUGUCCUUGCUUUCCCUAACUAACUAUUGCUGACACAAGAGUUUGUAUUUCUGACUGUCAUCUAUCAAUAAAUUAAUCAAUUUCA